GUAGACAGCCUCCAUCCUCCAUAGUCAUCUGUUGUUCGUCGUCGGCAUUGCCAUCGACACCGCCGCAGGAAUGGAUUCCGUCCUCGUCCCCACGGUAAUUCCCACGGUAAUCCCCACAUGGGGGAGGGACUGGCUCUACAAACAGAGGUCACGGGGUGUUACCUCUCGGCGGGAGUGGCAUCGAACGGUUUGUAUUUUCUUCUAUGGCAGACACAUCGCAAAAGAAAAGGGGGGAAAAGAAAAAGAAAAGAAAGAAAGAAAGUAAAGAAGAAAAGCAAAGGACACAGGUAUCACGCUUUAAUUCAUCAAGUCAUCGCCCAUCCGCAUCGUUGUAGUUGUCGUCGUUGUCGCCGCAGUCAUCCCUCUAAAACGGGCCAAACCCUCCAUCGAAGCCGCCGCCGCCAAAGUCGGGUCCGGGGGGGCCGUCGAAGUCAUCUUCCAAGGCCUCGAUGCCCUCGCCCAGGAGGAGGCCGCCCAGCAGCCCACCCCGACGCCGAGAGCGGCCGCCCCCAUCUUCCCCAUGCCCUUCUUUUUCUUCUGGGUGCGGGGGGGCUGCUGGUCGUACUGGGCGGGGUACUGGUUGCCGUACUGCGCCGGGUACUGCUGGGUGGGGUACUGCUGGGUGGGAUAGGCGUACUGCUGUGGGUAGGGGUUGUUUUUGUAGCCGUAUUGGGGCUGGGGGGGGUAGGUUCCGUAGGCAGCCUGCGCGGGGGGGCGCGGGGAGGCGCGGAACUGGCGAUCGCGGGUCUUGGAGGAGGAGGAGGAGGGCCGGUCGGCGGCGGCGGCGCUGGCCUCGUAGCUGGGGGGGGGACCGGACGGGGGAGGCGCCUGGCCAUCGGGCUGGGCGGGUCGGUCGGGGCGAUCCCACUGGGAGCGACCGGUGUGGAGGUUCACGAAGUACCACUCCUGGUAGCGGUCAUCGAACUCGGGCUUCCAGCCAUCGGGCACGCGCGGAGGAGGGGGGGUUGGCAUGUUUGCAGUGGUGUGGAGGUGAUAGUGCAAAUGAUGUGGUUGAGAUGAUGAUGGGGAGGUGUGGUGAUGAGAGGAGGGGAAGUUGGAUGGAGGAUGGAGGAUGGUGGAUGGCUCCCCUAAAUAUAUACC